AACCCCUUAUCGAUAAGACAUCCUAACAAAAUUUUGGCGGGCAUCCCAUCCCAACCACCAUCGCUUCCACUCGCGACUAAUCAUAGACGACUGCAUUGCCAGCAACAAUUUCCACAAUGGGUCGCGAAAUUCAGAAGAAGAAGCGUCGCUCUCAGCGCCAGCCUGUCCGUCAGCCAAACCGACCCAAGAAGGCCCUCAACCCGCUCGGUAACAGUACCGUGGCCGCCAACUGGGACAAGUCCCAGACCCUCGCACAGAACUACCGCCGGCUCGGUCUCUCCGCGCGCCUGCGUGGUCCCACCGGUGGAACAGAGAAAGCGCUUGGCUCGAAACCCUCCCACUCGGACAAAGACCCUCUGGCCGUGAAAAACAUUGAACCCGUCGUCGCCCUGGCCGAAGCCAAAGUCGAGCGCGAUGCCGACGGCAAGAUCAUCCGCGUCCUCUCCCGACCAAACCCCCUCAACGACCCACUGACCGCACUGAGUGACGACGAAGACGAGGCGAUGGCGGAGGAGAAGGAAUACGAGGAGUGGGGUGGCAUCCGCGAGACCGGCAACGAGACAGAGGUGGUGAAGGAGUUGAUCCAGCAGGCGAAGAACCCGGCGGAGAAGAAGCCCCGCUACCAGAGCUCCGGGGAAAGAGAAUGGUUAACGAGCUUGGUGGAGAAGCACGGGGACGACUACGACGCCAUGUUCAGGGACAGGAAGCUGAACCCGAUGCAGCAGACGGCCGCCGACAUUGCGAAAAGGAUCAAGAAGAUGAAGGCAUAGACAAAUAUGGCUGGCCGUCAGGCAUAACAUGGCAGGCGUUGGGGCGUUUUGGAAGAAUCAUCAGAUGGCGGGAAAGUCACUUGAUACAAAACUUGUCAAUUUCACAGCGCAUGCUACCUCUAUGAUGAUGAU